UUCCCAUCACUCCCUAACUUCGAUCAAAAUGACGAUGCACUAGGUACUCAGUACCAACAGUAAUGAAUCUAAUUUCACUGAAAUCGGAACCAGUAGUUAAUUACUGUCCCUCACUUCUAAAGUCCACACCUUUCUUCUUCUUCUUCUUCUUCAGCUUGGGCAUUUCCAACAAAGCAAGAUCUAAACUGGGUCGGGUUAGAUCCAGAAAUUUGCUACCUUUCUUCGUUAGCAGAAUGUUCAGGCUACUGCUCAGAUCAAUGUCAAGUUUGUUCCUUUUCAGUGCUCUGUUUUCUAUCGCGGGAUUGCUGGUUGAGGGUUCGGUCCACGAGUAUAAGGGGGAGAAAUUCGUGGGGAGAGGGAAUGCCUUGGUCGUUCAUGGCGGCAGCGAAGGAAUUUAUUUCUCCCGCCCUUCUUCCAAUCUCACCGACAUGGCCGCUAAUGGAGAUGCUUUCAUUCGCUUCGAAAAGGUCACAUUCCGAAGACCCGAGGACUUGCACAACUUCACUUCAGGACUAGUCCAAGCUAUCAUAUUCGAAGUAGAAGAUAGAGAGCUGAUCGGUGGCUCAGCCUACGGUGGCCAGAGAGCAAUCUGCUGUACUCCCGAUCUCGCCAAACUUGAUGCCUGCACUCAAGGCGAGAUCAUCCAUCGGCCGUCAACAACAAAUCCAGGCUUCCCCUAUGUACUCACCACCUCUUUCAGUCUUGACAAAGACAUGGCGAUACUGCCAUCGAGGUCGAUCGAGAUCACCAAAACUGGCAUGUACAACUUAUACUUCAUGAUCUGCGACCCAAAUCUUAAAGACGUGGUAGUAGAAGAAGGGAAAACUAUAUGGAAGAACCCUACAGGAUACCUCCCUGGAAGGAUGGCCCCACUGAUGAACUUCUAUGCAUUCAUGUCUAUUGCAUUUGUCAUACUCGGGAUCUUUUGGUUCUCACAGUACGCCCGGUUUUGGAAGGAAGUUUUCCCAUUGCAGAACUGCAUUACUCUGGUGAUUACCUUGGGGAUGUUUGAGAUGGCAUUGUGGUACUUUGACUAUGCGGAGUUCAACGAGACUGGGGUUCGGCCGACUGGGACUACUGUGUGGGCGGUUACAUUUGGCACUGUGAAGCGCACAGUGGCACGUCUGGUGAUACUGAUUGUAUCGAUGGGAUAUGGGGUGGUGAGGCCGACGUUGGGAGGGCUCACUUCGAAGGUGCUAAUGCUAGGAGGGACGUUUUUCUUGACUUCGGAAGUGCUUGAGUUGGUGGAGAAUGUUGGUGCUGUGAGUGACAUUUCGGGCAAGGCAAUACUGUUCUUGGUUCUCCCUGUGGCACUCUUGGAUGCUUUCUUCAUCCUCUGGGUAUUCAAGUCGCUUUCUGCCACGUUGAAUAAACUUCAGGCAAGAAGAAUGAUGGUCAAGCUGGACAUAUACCGGAAAUUCACAAACGCUUUGGCAGUAGCAGUUGUUGUUUCAGUUGGUUGGAUUUGCUACGAGUUGUACUUCAAAUCACGUGAUGUUUACAAUGAGCAUUGGCAGAAUGCAUGGGUCAUCCCGGCUUUCUGGCAAUUCCUCUCCUUCUCUCUCCUCUGUGUCAUCUGUGCUCUUUGGGCUCCCUCACAAAACUCAAUGCGGUAAGUCAUUUCUCAUCAAAAACUACCACUGGACAUCCUAGAGUUCGAUGAGCAUGUGCAGUUGCCAGCACUGCGAAUGAAUAUUAACCAGAGAAAGAAUCUGCACUGAGACAAUUAGAUCACCUGGCUCGUUAUGCAAUCAAACCUAAUCCAAAGUAGCUUUACCAUAGCUUUCUCCUUUCGUCGUGCAUCAGGUAUUCUUACUCCGACGACACCAACGAAGAGUUUGACAAGGACGAGAGUUCCUUGAGACUCAUCAAACCGGCUUCCUACCCCACAAAGGAUGGUCUACAUGCGCCCGAGUCCAGACCAGUCACGAAUAGCAAUGGAGCAACCGAUGUCGACACAGGAGAAGAGAAGACGGCGUGACAGAAGGGUAGUACGAUCGCACAUGGUAAUGUUUGAACAUUGGACUAUCGUUAAGCUUAACUUGAGGAUGUAUGCCUUUUGUUUCUUUUGUAAUAGUGAGAGAUUGAGGUGUAUUGUUACCCUUCUUACCUCUUAGUUUCUUGUAUAAAUUUCUUACUUUUCCUUGUUUAUUUGGCUCCUGAUGUUCCCCUCGAUGUAUUUUGCCACACAUAGGUUGUUAUAUAGGGAGUUUUGCUGAGAAGGUGGCUUUUUGCUGCUGCUGCUGCUGCUGUUCUUAUUUUAAUUUGUGAGACCCCAUUUAUAAAUUUGUAGAAACCUUCUCCUCUA